AUGAUAAGAUCCAAACCCCGAGUUGGCCAUUCCAAGCCUUACAUGGAUAUGGAGGAUGAAACGACGUUUGUGAACAACAGCGAUUAUGAAAACUCGUCGUCUGAACCGAAUAACCUGGGGAUUACUCUCGGAGAUACUCCACAACAAAUAGUUUCUGAAGAGGACGAGAUAGACGAGGAAGAAAGCGAAAAUCAGGCAAAUAAAGAACAGGAAAAAGAGGAGGAUGAAGAAAAGCAUAUUGAUAGUACACUGGCACCCGUCAGUUCGCGCAUGGCUGCUGAUGUCGCUGCAGAAAUCAAAGUUACGGAUGCAGAGACUUCUGCAAACAAUCUCCCCGAUGAGGACGCUGCAGAGCUCAAAAGACGCCCGAGUGCUCGAAAGACUCAAUUGAAUGGCCAUGAAGCAUUUAAAACAACCAGUGAUUCGCUCAACAGCUUGGAUCAAGCCCCCGUAUCGCAGAGCACUCUUUCUCCAAACCAAGGACUAAAGGAAAGCUCCAGCCCACCAGAGCGCACACCCAGACUCGUCAUCUGUAAAUUGGUGUUAACAAACUUCAAAUCUUAUGCUGGAGUGCAAGAAAUCGGCCCGUUCAACGCGUCAUUCUCGGCCGUGGUGGGUCCCAACGGCUCUGGAAAGUCGAACGUCAUCGACUCCAUGUUAUUUGUAUUCGGAUUCCGUGCGCUGAAAAUGAGACAGGGUAAGCUUUCGGAAUUGAUACACAACUCAGAGGGUGGACUGAAACUAGACUUCUGCCAGGUAGAUAUUCACUUCAUGCAUGUGGUGGACGAUGACAAACGAGUCAAUGUGGCCCACAAAGUACCUGAUUCCGACAUAAUCAUCAGUCGGCGGGCAACAAGAAACAAUGCCUCGCAAUACCUUAUCAACGGCCGCAACAGCAGUUACACAGAUGUCACCACUUAUCUCCGUGGACAAGGCAUUGACCUCGAUCAUAAGAGAUUCUUAAUUUUGCAGGGUGAGGUGGAGUCGAUCGCACAGAUGAAGCCAAAGGCUGAGAGAGAAAAUGACGACGGACUUCUAGAGUAUUUGGAGGACAUCAUAGGAACCAGUAAGUACAAGAGCUUGAUUGACGAAAGUUUGGUCAAAGUAGAGGAGUUGAAUCUGCUCUGCCUCGAGAAAGAGAACCGGUUUGAAUUGGUGGAAAAAGAUACAGCAUUGCUAGAAGAGAAGAAGAAUGAGGCACUUCGAUUUUUGGAAAUGGAGAAAAAACUCACAGACAAGCGCUCCAUCAAAUACCAGGUCAGCAUCAGCGAGAACAACAAGCAUCUAGAGGAAAACGAGAAAGUGGCACUUGACCUCAAAGAGAAGUUGAGCGAAGAGGUCGAGAAGAACAAGGAACUCAGCACAGAGGUAGAUAAAGCCAACGAGGAGAAAUCCUCCCUCCAAAAUGCCAUGUCUCAGCUUAAGGAGAAAAUCACAGCUUCCAACAAGCAGCAGAAGACGAUAAACAGUCAAACCGUUUCGCUAGAAGAGAAGCUUAAAAACUUGGGAAACAAGUUGAAGCGAAUUCAGAAAACCAAACUGAAUUCAGAAAAUUCGCUCUCUUCUUCAACGAUGCAGCUCGACAACUUGAGGAUAGCUGAGGCGCAAUUCAAGAAAGAACUUCAAGAGUUAGAGGAGUCUCUUGACAACGAAAAGGAGAAGCUCGCUGGGCUUAGAACGAACCUCACCCAGAAAACUUCCCAUUUCUCCCGUGAAAUCGAGGAUUUACAAAAAGAAUUGGAGCCAUUCAAUGAUAGACUCAAAGAGAAGGAAGGCUCUAUCGAUCUCGUGCGUUCAGAAAUCGAGAUGCUAAUCAACCAAUCCAAAUUGACCGAUACGAAGCUCCGCGAAGCGUCUCAACGACUUGUUGAUAUCAAGAAAGAAGGUAAGACGAAGGAAUCUGAAAUCGAAGCGCUCGAGAAGAAACUCUCGAGCAUUGACGAACAAAUCGCUUUAGGUGAGGAGCAGUGCCGCAACUCACGUAAGCAACUCGAAGCAAGAAGAGUUCGUUUGGCGUCUGCCAGACAAAAGACCCAGGACGCCAUGAAUUCCAUGGCAAAUUUACAAAAUAAGAACAAGGUUCUUGUCAGCUUGAUGCGCUUAGCAAAGUCCGGUAGAAUAGAAGGAUUCCAUGGCCGUCUUGGAGAUCUUGGUCAGAUCGAUGACAAGUACGACAUUGCCAUCUCCACCGCAUGCCCUGGACUUGAUUCCAUGGUGGUGGAAACUGUUGAAACAGCUCAAACAUGUAUCGAAUACUUGAGAAAGAACAAGCUUGGAUACGCCAGUUUCAUUUGUUUGAAUAAGCUCCGCAAGUUUGACUUGAGUCCAAUCCAAACUCCAGGAAACCCAAUGUCUGUCAAGAGACUAUUCGACUUGAUUCAACCAAAAGAUCCAAUGUUUUUACCUGCUUUUUAUAGCAAGUUGUUCAAUACUCUAGUGGCAACUAAUCUUCAAGAAGCCAAGUCCGUGGCUUACGGACCAAAGAGAUAUAAAGUCGUGACCUUGGAUGGAAAAGUUGUGGACACCUCAGGUACUAUGUCGGGAGGUGGUAACAGCUUUUCGAGAGGUGCGAUGAAGCUUAUUUCCAACGCAGUAACUCAAGAGUCUGAGCACACUGAAGAAGAGAUUGCUCAGAUGAAGGAGGAGUUGCAGAGCAUGGAAUCCAAGGUGGAUCUUCUUAGUGAAGAAUGCCAGGACAUGGAGAUGAAGCUUCGUAAAUUAAAGGAUAUGAAGCCGGAAACAGAAUUCGCUAUUCAAACAGUUCAAUUGGAUAUUAGGGCGCUUGUUACCGAGAAGAAAGAGGUUUCUGGAACUUGCAAAGAGCUUAUUGCAGAAAAGGAACGUGCAAGUGCAUCUGAUGUGUCUAAUCAGGCUUUAGAGCUAAAGAAUGGCGAGCUUAGGACGCUCACAAAGGAGCGGGAUGAUCUCAAACUGCAAAUGAUAGAAUCUGAAUCAAGAAUAGUUCAGUUGGAAGAAAAGAUCAUGGACGCAGGUGGAGUGGAGUUGAAAGUCCAAAAUUCUAAGGUGGAUUCUAUCAAGCAAAAAAUCGAAAUCAUUCAUGAAAAGACCUCUGGAGAUGUGAUGACCAUCAAGAAAUUGGAGAAUGACAUCAAGAGGCACACCAAGAUUAUUGCCGACAGCGAAAAAGAAUCGGAGUUGGCCGGAAAGGAAUCUUCCUCCAUUAAUGAAGACUUGAUGGAGAAGAGACGCAAAAUCGAAGAGUUAAAGCUUACUGCCGAGGUUUUCCAUUCUGAUUUGAGCGAUCGUGAAUCUAAGCUCGAGAAUGUUGUUGACAAGUUGGAAGAGCUUUCCUCUAAAAUCAAUGAAUUGAAGUCUGAUGAAAUUGAACUCCGGAACCAACUCGAGAAAGUCAACUCGGUAAUACGCAGACAUAGAAGCGCAAUCGAAGAAGCGGAAGAAGCUCUUGGAAAGUUAGUUACGCGUGACAGCUCGACUUACAUCGACUGGUUGCCUGAAGCGGAACGUGCAAGGUAUAGUGGAUCAGAGAUCUAUCAACUAUCCGAGGAAGAAAUCAAGGGUGUAAACUUGGACAAUGUCGAGGAGGAGAUAGGCGAGAUCGAGAGCUACAUGAAUAGUGUAAAAGUCGAUAUCGAGGUUCUUAAAGAAUACGGAAGGAAGCUGGAAGAGCUUGAAGUGAGGCGAUCUGAUUUGAAUGAAUCGGUGGAGCAACGAGACAGCAUUAAGAAUCAUUGUGAGGAACUCAAGCGAAAGAGACUUGAUGAGUUUAUGGAGGGUUUCAACACCAUUUCUCUCUCGUUAAAGGAGAUGUAUCAAAUGAUCACCAUGGGAGGUAACGCUGAACUCGAGUUAGUGGACAGUUUGGAUCCAUUCUCUGAAGGUAUCUUGUUCAGUGUGAUGCCGCCUAAAAAGUCAUGGAAGAACAUUUCCAACCUUUCCGGAGGAGAAAAGACUUUGAGUUCAUUGGCGUUGGUGUUCGCCUUGCACAAGUACAAGCCCACCCCUCUCUACGUUAUGGAUGAAAUCGAUGCUGCCUUGGACUUCAGGAAUGUAUCUAUUGUUGCCAACUACAUUAAGGAAAGAACCAAGAAUGCCCAGUUUGUUGUCAUUUCGUUGAGAAACAAUAUGUUCGAACUUGCUCAACAGCUUGUUGGUAUCUACAAGGUGAACAACCAAACGAAAAGUAUAUCACUUCAGAACAAGGAGUUGAUUGGUAGUACCAAGUGA